GGGGGGGGGUAUGCCUAUAAUGUUUUUUUCAAGUUAUCCGUAUUCGUGGAAUGUGCGUUAUUUUAUAUAACUAGACUGAAUAUAAAUGGCGAAAAGGGUCUAUAUCAGUUCAAUAACGUGAGUUGUGUAAAAGCAACCUGUGUUUUGAGAGUGUUUCGUUUCUAUCGAAAUUUCACCAAAGUGAGAAAUGCAAAAUAUCUGCGCCGUCUGGUUGUCACGAAUGGGGUCGCGACACUUGAACGUCAUCGAUGAUCAUCGAGUCACAUGACUUUGCUUUUGGCGAAAAUGACACCUGGCGUUACAGCAUCUACUGUGUAUUUAUGUACUGUUUUUAUUGUUUUAUUCAAUGUAUAUGUCGAUAGCCAGGAUACUGAUGCACAGUUAUGUAAAAUGUGUGAAGGAACUGUACCACAAGAUAGUCCUGUCUGGGAUUUCUGCCUAACAAAAGGCCAUAUAAGAGGACGCUGCUGUUUUGGAAAUGAAACCAGCAAUGUAGAUGCCAUUAUAGGGUUGGAUUUGGCAAACUGCUCUAUCAGUCAUGUAGAGCACCUGUACAAUUCAUCCACAGCAUUCAUCAUAGAUCUCUCCAACAACCCGAUCUCCAAUCUGAGCGAUUUCAUAUUUCAAGGUUUCAGCCAUCUUACCCAUCUUUUACUACCCUCAAAACUGGAGUGUCCAGGGGGAAAUGCAUCAUGGGAGAAGGUUGAAGUGAAAAACAAUGCCAGAAUCUGCAAAGGACAGAAAAAUAUUUGCAAUCAGACGGCACAGAUGUCCUGGGAUUGCCCUGAAAACUCAUUCUGCAGCCCAUACGGACCAGGGUUCUUUGAGUGUAGUUGUCUGCAUAAUUUCUAUGGAUACAAGUGCAUGAGACAGGGGGAGUUUCCUAUAGUUAAGGUGCUUGGAAUACUAACCGGAUCAACAGUUGUGGUUUCAUCUUUACUCUGGUUCACACAAAGACGAAAGGCCAAGAACAUUUGAGUUUUAAAGAGAUCUGACUGUUGGGCUGACAGUGGAGCCACAAAAUGCAUCAAGCUUAUUGAAAAUGGUGCAGCAGACCAACCAGUUUCAUACACAGGACGGUUAACCAUCUGCUGAACAUUGCAGUUUCUUGUUUUUUAAACUUGCCGAAAGCAGGUUUGCAUGACAUACAUUUUUUUUAAUGAAUAAUUUUGUA